CCGUCGAGUUGGGGGAGCUGCCGGCGGUGUAUCAGACAACUCCCUGGGAGGCGGCAGCAGGCAGACGGGCGGGUACUGGGAACUGAGCGGCAGGCCGUCCCUGUGGGUCUGUGAAGGAGGUCGGUGGCCCUAGCGGGCUCCAGUCAGCUUUAAGAAAAAAAAUAAGAAGUCACUUCUGACUGUACUGAAUAGCAAAAAUUAAGUGACUGCAAACCAUGGCACUAUCGUUCCGGAAGGACUUAGAGAAGUACAGGGACGUUGAUGAAGAUGAACUCCUUGGGAAUCUAUCAGAAAUAGAACUGAAACAACUGGAAACUGUGCUGGAUGAUCUUGACCCUGAGAAUGCCCUUCUGCCUGCAGGGUUCCGGCAGAAGAACCAGACAUCAAAGUCUGCCACAGGGCCAUUUGAUAGAGAACACCUCCUUUCAUAUCUGGAGAAGGAAGCUUUGGAGCAUAAGGACAGGGAAGACUAUGUGCCUUACACUGGAGAAAAAAAAGGGAAAAUAUUUAUCCCUAAGCAGAAACCUGUACAGACUUUUACAGAAGAAAAAGUAUCUCUUGAUCCAGAACUAGAAGAAGCUUUGACAAGUGCUUCUGAUACAGAAUUGUGUGAUCUCGCAGCUAUUCUUGGGAUGCACAAUUUGAUAACGAAUACACAGUUCUGCAAUAUAGUGGGAAGUAGUAAUGGUGUCGACCAAGAACAUUUUUCAAAUGUGGUAAAAGGUGAAAAGAUUCUUCCAGUAUUUGAUGAGCCCCCAAAUCCAACCAAUGUUGAAGAGAGUUUACAGAGAAUUAAAGAAAAUGAUGUUCGUCUUGUUGAAGUUAAUUUGAAUAACAUAAAGAAUAUCCCAAUUCCAACCCUAAAAGAUUUUGCAAAGGCUUUGGAAACCAACACACACGUGAAAUAUUUCAGUCUUGCAGCCACCCGAAGCAAUGACCCCGUUGCUGUUGCAUUUGCAGAGAUGCUAAGAGUGAACAAAAGUUUGAAGAGCUUAAAUAUGGAGUCCAACUUUAUUACAGGAGCUGGGAUUCUAGCACUGAUUGAUGCUUUGAGAGAUAAUGAAACCCUGGCUGAGCUGAAAAUCGACAAUCAGAGGCAGCAGUUGGGGACGGCUGUAGAAUUGGAAAUGGCCAAGAUGCUUGAGGAAAAUACCAAUAUCCUUAAAUUUGGGUAUCAGUUUACGCAGCAGGGACCCCGAACCAGGGCAGCUAAUGCUAUAACAAAAAAUAAUGACUUAGUUCGCAAGAGACGAGUUGAAGGAGACCACCAGUAAGUCUGCCAACAUGUAAUCUUCGGAAGACUUCGAAAGUUUGCCAAGGGCCCGUGUUGUGAUAUCAGAUGUAAAAUUUUCCUCGGGAGAAGGGAAAAGACUGGAAAUUUUUUUUUUUUUUAACUACAUGUAUCUUUUAUCUAGUUUAAGUUGUUACCAGUUUCAGAUUGUAAAUCACUAGUAGGUGAUAUUUUGUAUUCUAAAGCAUUAUUUCUACUUUCUGCUAAAAUCAGUUUUAAUUUAGCUUAAUUAAAUGGUUUAUGAUGAGUCUUGGGUUAAAAAAAUACAAUUAUAAAAAAGUUUAGGAAGUCAUUUAUGUAGAAUAAUAUGAACAUUCUAAGGACCAAUCUUUUUUUAAGUCAGAAAGGGACAUUGCUGAUGUCAGAAUUGUUGUUGCACCUCUUAGGUACAAGGAACUUCAAAGCUUUCCUUAUUCCAUGGAAAGGAGACUUUUCCAAGUUUCAGAACACAUGAACUCGGCAAGAGUAUGGUUUUUGCUUCUAUCAAGAAAGAGAAAUGCCAGCAUUAUAAAACAGAUGACUCAAAACCUGGUCAUCUGUUUUGGAGUCAAAGCAGAUCUCUAGGAGAGAGGAAGCAGUCUCCUGUACGUUCCAUGGCACUGCACCUGUCCAAGGUGUCUCAGCAACACCUACAGUUUCUUUCAACAAAGUCAUCAGCUUAGCCAGGUUACACACUUUGUUUAAAAGUAUAGUUAGGUCUAAGUUCAUUACCGUUUUUCAUUGUAAUAAUGUGGGCAUUAUUAAAUUUUUGUGAAAGCUCAUAGUAAAAAAAAAAGCAUCUGAGUAGGAAAGCUAUUUUUUUCUUCCCUGUAAAAGGCAUAUAGCCAACUCUCAGUUAUUUAGGGUAGAAGCAAAAAGAAAGCUGUUGUUAAACACAUGAAAUCAAAGUUAAUAAAUGGUGGAGAUUAAGUCUGAGGAGCAUGCAAAACGGUCCUUUAAAUUGAUGGUUACUGAUGGUAAAUUAGAAACUGGCCUGGGUGUAAAUUAAGAGCUGCACAGGAUAGUGAGACGCUCCUACAUGCAACACGGAAUUGUCUGAAUGGUAUAUAAUCACCACUCACUACAGAUUUUCCCAACCAAUAAGGAAAAUGGCUGUUAGAUAAAUCUAACUUUUAUUAUCUGUGUCCUUUCAUCUUGUACUUUUUGGUCUACACUGUAUAAAAGCAAUUUCUCAUAACACAAGCUGUCUUCCUAUCCUUCAAAGUAUUAAGGUGAACAGUUAAACGGUGGUCCUGUGGUGGGAAGACUACUCCAGAUCCAAUAGUAUGAUAGACAAUUUGGGCCUGCAUUCAUGUCCUAUUUCAGGGCAGCCCUGGAGCAGGAGAUGGCAGAGGCGUUAUAGCUGCAGACGACAGGGGCAAAGGAGUCUGAGCAGUCCUGGCCUUGACAAUUCAGGCCUGGGUGUAUCACUUACAGGGAGAUUUUUCUAAAGGAGGAAUCUCCUUCCAGAAUAGGGGAGAGGUCUAUUGUUAAUUUUUUUAAACUUCUUGAAAUAGAAUUAUAAAAUGUCUGCUCCUUUGUCUUGGGUUGGACAGUUUAUCUAAUGAGCUAGGCAGCUCCUUGCAUGCUACAGUAAUAAGCCUUCUUAACAGGCAAAAGCUUUCCUCAUGAGGACUGAGUGUGUGUUUUUUUGGAAUCAGUAUCCAUUGUUUGAAAGGGGCCAAAGACUGGCUUUGCACUGUACUGCUAUUCCCUUUCAGUUAUAGGGUGCUGGAGGUUUUUCCAAGUUAGCAAGUCAGUCAAGCUCACUCUCGCUCGCUCUCUCCCUCUCUCCUUUCAUAAAUGACUUUGGAAAUGCACUUGGUUUUAGAGACUGCACAGUUCCAGCAGGGUGGGGAGUCAGCAUGGAGCAGCUGUGCAGAGCUACCAGUACACUUUUAGCAAGGCUUCCUUGCUUGCCCCGGCCCUGUCAGUCAGUCAGUAAAUUGCUAAGUAUGUUACCCUUUCCUCCCCAAAGCUUUUUUUUAAAUAUAGGUAGGUGGGCCCCACCUAAAAUUGUGUGUUAUACUUGGGGUAAUAUCUUUUCCACUUAUUAUUUAUCAAAGUAUGAAGAAGUUGAGUGUUUUCCUUGUACCAUUCCAGUUCUGAGCUACAAUAGUUCAUUAUAUAAUUGAAGAAAAGAUUUCUUAAUAAAUAAGGGUGAACAUUCAUCUGAUUAAAUGCAGAAAAUCUUUCAAGAAUUGUAAUGACAAGGGAGAAAACUGAUGUUUACUUUGAUCUUUAAAAAUUUGGCACCUCUUACCCUUUUAGUGACUUUCAGUAUUUCUGUAUUUCUCUAAAAUUUUUUGUAACAGAUUGGAGUUGUGAAAUACUCUUGAUUUUUAAACCAAAGAUUUUCUAAGACUAAGUUUUUAUAGUGUAACCAAUGUAAGCUUAUCUGGUUACCUAAGCAAAGACUAUUCUUUGCAUUUUUAAAUUGCUGUUUUUUAAAAAGCUUUUAAUUUCCCAUUUUAUAAAAUUUUAUAUUCAUAUUGGAAGUUCUAAUUCUUCCAGUUUGCAUGAAAUUGUAUGUAUUAAAAAUCAAUAUUAAUAAUAUUGAUAUUAUUAAAAUGGAUUUUGGUGCUGUACACUUGGAGCUAAAGCCUAGUAGAAGUCUAAUUCAUAGGUGAAAUACAUUUUCUAAUGGUGCGGUGCCUGUCGUUUAAGAGACCAAAUAAACAUUUUGUGUUUAAAAAAUUAGCAGAUUGUUAGAGAUCUUAAGGAGAAUUACAUCUUGAUUGUUAAACUGCAGAUUCUCGUUAUUUGAAUGAAAUAAUCCAUAUACUUGCUUUGUACAGUAGGUGUCCUCUGGAAAAGUUACAUGUAUAGAGCUUUGUAUAUUGUUUUUCCGUUGACAGCAUCUGAUAUUUUUUCAUUUAAAAAGGGGAGUCCAUGGUAUACUGAAAAUUAUAAAAGAAAAAAUGUUUUGAUAAAAUGUUAGUCAUGUUCUAUUGUACAUUAUACUUAACCCUUGCUACCAUUAAAAUAAGAUUAAAUAAUUCAUGAGGUUUCAUAAAAUCUUUAAAUUUUCGCUC